UAAUUUCUGCUCGCGCAAAAUCACCAAAUUUUUAUUUGUAUCUCGAACAUGGUGCGCACAGGUCACGACCACGGUACUUUGAUAAACGCCAAAUAAAUACCUAUUGGAAGUGAAAAAGUUUAGUUCAAAUAAGAAAUACACUUGUUCCAGGUAGUGUUUUGGAAUUCAUAACGCAAAUUAGUAAAAUCUUGCAACUAAACCUAGUGCUAGCUGCCUGCUAAGAGAAAGAAAAAAGUUAUAUAUAAAUUAAACGCAGUGCAUGCCAGCAGAGCUCGGCUGAGUGAAUUUGGCAGGUGUGGAGAAUUAUGAAAAAAAAAAUUGUACAACAAAAAAUCAAACAAAAAAUGUGCAAACGUUUUAGCCGUAGUAUAACUGAAAACUGUUUGAGCAAGUAAAGUGUAUUGUAGAGCGUACGUUGAAGUGGGCUUACAUAGUGAACGAAGCGAAAUAGCUGGGACGGCGACGGCGAGGCAGCGCUGACUUUGGCAUCGGCGAUAACGAUUGCGCGACUAGAGCAGCCCAGAAAGCUGACUACUGCCAUACUAAAUGAAUGGAGCGCCGUGUAUUUAAAGCCACAAAAAUAAGAAAACAAUUGCCAAACAACGGUCAAUGGUAGCUAACAGAAAAGCGUAAGAAAGUCUUAAAUUGUUUAUAGAAACAUCAUUUUCUUGCAAAAAAAAUAUUAAUUUAUGUGUGUGUGUGUGUGCAUUACGUGAGCGCACAUACCACACUCAAAACAAAAAAAAAGAAAAUAAAAGAAAUAUAAAUUUGCAAAAUAGGUGGAUUAUAAAUUAUAUAUGUGUAUGUGUGUGUGUGCAUGUGUCGUUAGAUUAAUCACGCGAGAGCAGCUGAAUCAAACAAAUCUCGCUAAUCUCGUUGUGUGCAAAGUGAUUCGCACAGCCGCCGCUGCCGUUGUGCUCUAUUAUCGCUGCAACCGCUACAACAACACAAGCGAUUUUUCCGGCGGCUGCCUGGCCUGGAACUAAAUAGUUAUCGGCGAACAACAACAUAUGGCAACCAUGUGCAGUUGCAAUUUUUAAUCCAAUCUUCCUCAAAGUAUACCAAUUAUCAAUACAAAACAGCAAACGAUUACAACAACAACAAAUAUAUAAAUUCAGACGUAAAGACACACCCUCAAAAUCAUCCAUACGAGCACAGUCGUUAAACCGAAACAAUUGGUGUUUCCUUGGCUUGGUGCUGUUUAUCUCAGUCGACACUUUCAAGCAAAUGAACUGAAUUUUAUUUGGCUUCGCACUUAAACCGACUUCUCUUUAAAAUUCGACAUAACACUUUUUUACAGCUAUCAUUCACUGCGCUUCCCGAAAGCGCUACCUCGUUUGGUGCAAUGAAAGCCAGCAGCAACUACAGCAAUUGUUCGCGUAUAUGUUCGUGAGUGCCGUUAUAAAUAUGUGCGUAUGAGUUAUCAGCUUGCACCAAUGCAUCGGUGGCAUUUGUGGGGCAAACAUUUUUGUGCGACGGAAUAUUUGUGAAUAUAGAGUGUUGUUGGCAAUAUGUUGAACACGUCGACAUAUGUUUCCAUUGGACCGGUGGAGGUGCCCAAGGCGUUGCAAGAUGGCGAGAAGUUCGUCAAGUGGGAUGAUGAUUCGGGCACUGGCACACCGGUCACCAUGCGAGUGGAUCCCAAAGGAUACUAUUUAUAUUGGAUUGAUCAAAAUAAUGAGAUGGAUAUUUUGGACAUAGCGACCAUACGCGACACACGAACUGGGCCAUAUGCCAAAAAACCAAAAGAUUCUAAACUACGUCAAAUUGUUACGCUUGGGUCACAGGACACAUUGGAGGAGAAAACUGUGACCAUUUGUCAUGGUUGUGAUUUCGUUAAUGUCACAUUUGUAAAUUUCUGCAGUACCAAAAGAGAGAUUGCACAGCAAUGGUGCGAUGGCAUUAUGCGUCUGGCUUACAGUUUGGCCAGACUGAAUGGCUCGGCCAAUACGUUUCUGCAGAAGGCGCACACCAAACUCUGCCUGCAGGUUGACAAAGGUGGCAAAAUUCCAGUGAAGAACAUCAUGAAAAUGUUCGCACAAAACAAAGAGGAUCGCAAGCGCGUGGAGAAGGCGUUGGACAUGAGUGGCUUGCCGUCGGGGAAAAUUGAGACCUUGUCCCUGCCAAAGUUUCAUUUCGAGGACUUUUUCAAUUUGUACAAGAAUCUCACGCAGCGCAGUGAAGUGGAGAAAAUAUUCGAUGGCAUCGUCGGCAAUUCUAAACGCAAAUGCAUGUGCAUCGCGCAACUUGUCGAGUUUCUCAACAAAACACAGCGCGAUCCGCGUCUGAACGAGAUUUUAUAUCCUUACGCGAACGCAACUCGUGCCAAGGAGAUUAUACAGGAGUACGAGCCGAAUAAAUUCAAUGCGCAGAAGAACCAGCUGAGCUUAGAUGGUUUUCUGAGGUAUUUAAUGUCUGAUGACAAUCCGAUUGUGGCGCCUAGCAAACUGGAUUUAUGCGACGACAUGGAUCAGCCAUUAUCGCAUUAUUUUGUAAAUUCUUCCCACAACACUUACUUAAUAGGACAUCAGUUGACAGGCAAAUCGUCGGUGGAAAUUUAUCGUCAAUGCCUGUUGGCCGGGUGUAGAUGCGUGGAAUUGGAUUUCUGGAACGGUCGCACUGAUGAGCCCGUUAUUGUGCAUGGCUAUACGCUCGUUCCCGAAAUUAAUGCCAGAGACGCGCUGGAGGCGAUUGCUGAGAGCGCAUUCAAAACAUCGGAAUUUCCUGUGAUAUUAAGUUUCGAAAAUCAUUGCAAUCCAAGGCAACAGGCUAAAAUCGCCAACUACUGUCGUGAGAUAUUCGGUGAAAUGUUAUUAGAUAAACCGCUAGAUUCACAUCCGCUAGAGCCUAACGUUGAUUUGCCGCCACCGUCAUUACUUAAGCGUAAAAUUAUCAUUAAGAAUAAACGAAAACAUCAUCACCACCAUCGUCACAAGAAGGGAGGCGCAGCUGCGGCCCCAACAACGGUCAGCAAAUUGUCGACGGCGAACUCAGUUGAUGCAUCCAGCAAAGCAACAACAAAUCACGCCACCACACCGUCUGCCAUACAGCAACAAGUCUCCGUGCAGGCUGACAAUGCUGCAGCAGCAGCAGCUGGCGGCUCGGUCAUGUCGACGCCAGUGUUGACUGGCAAUGGGGAUAUUAGCAGCACAGUUUAUGCGCCUCCACUGCAGCAAAUUCGUCAGAAUUCUAAGGACAGCACCGGUUCAUCGGAUACGGACAGCUCCAGCGACGAUGAGUCUAUGCCGAAUGUAACACCCAAUCCACCAGUAGGCGCCGAUCCAACAGCAGAAAAACCACAGAAAGAAACUGAAGCGGCAGCUGAGCUCUCGGCGCUGGUCAACUACGUGGAACCGGUGCAUUUUUACACAUUCGAAAAUGCGGAAAAAAAAAAUCGCUGUUACGAAAUGUCCUCCUUCGAUGAAAAACAAGCUACAGCGCUGCUUAAAGAGCGCCCAAUUGAAUUUGUCAACUACAACAAGCAUCAGCUCUCGCGUGUUUACCCGACCGGCACACGAUUCGACAGUUCCAACUUCAUGCCGCAGCUCUUCUGGAAUGCCGGCUGCCAGCUGGUGGCGCUCAACUAUCAGACUUUGGACUUGGCUAUGCAGUUGAAUUUGGGCAUAUUCGAGUACAAUGACCGUUCGGGCUAUCUACUGAAGCCAGAAUUUAUGCGGCGCACCGAUCGACGCCUGGAUCCAUUUGCGGAGAGCACGGUCGAUGGCAUCAUAGCUGGUACCGUGUCCAUUACUGUGCUGUCGGGCCAAUUUUUAACGGAUAAACGCGUCGGCACUUACGUUGAGGUGGAAAUGUUUGGCUUGCCCGCGGAUACGGUGAGAAAACGCUUUCGCACACGCAUUGUACGCGAUAAUGGCUUGAAUCCGGUUUAUGACGAGGAGCCCUUUGUGUUCAAAAAGGUUGUGCUGCCCGAGCUCGCCAAUAUACGCAUCGCGGCUUAUGAAGAGGGUGGAAAAUUUCUGGGUCAUCGUGUUCUACCCGUUAUAGGCUUAUGUCCAGGGUAUCGACAUGUCAAUCUACGCACCGAAUUGGGGCAGCCCUUGACGCUAGCAUCACUGUUUCUAUAUAUUGUUGUUAAGGAUUAUGUGCCAGAUGAUCUGUCAAAUUUCGCCGAGGCUUUAGCUAAUCCAAUUAAGUAUCAGAGUGAGUUGGAGAAACGCGACAAACAAUUAGCCGUGCUGACCGAGGGCACCGAACCGAUCUCAUCAGAGGAAGACAUAACCAAUUCAUUCGUUUUUGUACAAGUAGGUGGCCAGAAGAAGGAGCUACGUCCCGUUGAGUCCACGACAAUGAGUCCGAAGCAUCGCGCCAGUAUUACCACGGCCGCAACUUUGAGCGUCGAGGCGAAUGCUGGCGGUGAUCACGACUCCGCCGAUGCGGGCACUGCCGGCGGCCCUGGUUUUACACAUCAACAUUCGCUGGACUCAACUGCACAGACAUCUAUCCGGCAGGUGGAGUCAUCGCAAUUCGAUGUGGAUUUGGUGCGCGCAGAGCCGCUGGAUAAGAUACUGGACAAUAAGUUGGUGCGCGAGAAGCGUUUCGAGUUGGAGAAGAAGCUGGAGUCGCUGCGUAAGAAACACGAUAAGGAGAAAAUCAAAAUCGCUAUGCAAAAAUCUAGUCCCAUGGAUGGUAAUAAGAAGCCCAUGUUCAACAUUGCCAGCAAGCUAAAGAAACGUCUCAGCAAUAAGAAUCUUAAUUGUCUCGCCACUAGCGAUACGGGUGUGGAAGUGCCGCCCUGCUUUCCGGAUAUUGGUGAUCUCAACGAGGACUGUGUGGAUGGUGCCACCAGCAGUGGUGGUGAGAGUCCCGCGUUGGUGACGCGUUCACAGCAAGAACGUUUACUCGCCUCUUGCCGUGAUUAUUCAACGCAGUACCGCGACAUACAGGAGAAGUAUUAUGAAAUAAUCUAUGCUUUGGCGGACAAGGUGUUGCGCAAUUCGCAGGCAAAUCAAAUGAAACAGUUGAAAGCGUCGCUUGAUCGUGUCACUUCGGAGGUAAUGCAUCAGCUGCAAGAAGCGCGUCGCACCGAAGUGAAAAACUUGUCAUCGGUUCAUCGUGAUCGCGAUGAGUUGGUUAGAAUGAAGCGUGAAGUGGCGAGCUCAGUGGUGGAGCGCGGUGUCGCUGAGCGCGUGCGUCUGAAGCAAACCUAUGACAAACGUACCGAUGACCUGCAAAAACAACACGAAUCCGUGAGGAAUGCGUUGACCGAGCAUCGAAACAAGGCCCGACAAAUACUCGAAAAGGAAGCUGAAUCUCGAAUUUGCACCAUUAGUAAUGGCUUCUUGGUGCUCUUCAGCAGCGGUGGCGCUGCCUCCACAUCGGCCACAAGCAAUAAUCUCACAUUAAACUUAAAUGGUGGCAACACCAUAUCGCCGGCACGCUCCAGCAACAGCAUCACGAACAGCACCGGCGGCAGGAACAAAGACGAUUUAGGCGGCGGCGACGAUGAGACCGGCGCCAACGCGCUCGCUGGUGCGGCAGCUGGCGUUUAAAGGCUGCCUCAACCGCCGUACUACAUCAAAACAGUAUUUGCUCUUGCGAGCCUAAAGCAAGGCGGAAAAGUUGUAAAUCUAGCGUAAAAGUAAUAAGUGGAAAGCUGGAAUAUGGCAUAUAGUAGUCAAAUAGUUGAAUUCGUAUAAAAAUGGGUUCUGUAGCAGUAGUAGGGAUGUAGAAAUGCAAGUUAUUGGGUUAGAAUUGAAAAUGAAUAAGUUUAAAUGAAAUAAAAAAAACUACAAAAGUGUUAUCUAAUAUCUAAAUGUUGGUUGUUGAUGUGAAAACUAUUUGUAAAAGCUAAUUGUUAAUGAUAACUGUAUAACUGUAAAUGUAUGUGUGUACUAAGUAAAGAGUUAAAUAUCUAGAAAAUACAUACAGACAUUGUAUGACUCUGCAGUACGCUUAAACUGAUAAGUUAUAGUAGAUAUACAUAUAUAUAUGUACACGAUAUGAAAAAUAUAAUAUACAUAUAUGUGUUAGUUAAAGUCAA